AAAUUGUCUACUCAGGUCAUCUACAAUCAUCUUAAAACUGUAUCGUGCGAUUAGUUCAAAUAAAAGAAAUCCUUCAAAGAUUAUUAAAGCCCUCGCUGGUUUAACUCGGCGUAAUGUGUUGCAAGUUGUCAAAAAUACAUUGACGUUUUUCUGUAUAUGGUCACUCCUUCAAUUUUUACUGUCACCCAUAUUAUUUCAAAACAUCGCCGGUUUAUAAACUAGCACCGGCGUAUUGUAAACAAUAGUGGGAUGAUAAAUAGAAAAUACGUAAAGCUGUAAACGUAAAUAAUAUAGUGUGAUGGCAGGACACAAUUUGGAUUGCGAUCUCUUGGAUCAGUUACUACGCGAAGAUGAUGAUGUUAUUAUGCCAAUUCCAGAUUUUGAAUCAGAACCACAUCUUCUGAUAUCGAAGGUCCGUAAACAUUACAUGGAGUACAUCAUCAAACUUCUGUCUGUCAAUUACGAAACACAUCAUAAGCUUAUAAACAAAAACUUGUAUAUGCCCAGUGCUAUAUGGAGAUGUGCUAAAACUAUAGAGAUGUCUGCAGCCCAAGCUUGCAUGGUGGUGCAGAUUUACAGGAACAACAUUAUCACUGCGGUCAAACAGUUAAAAAAUGAUACCAAAAAAGGAAAAUUGCAUAAAAAAUUGUUUACUUGUUUAAAUAAGCCACCAGAAAAUGACAAAAAGACUCAGACAACUAAUACAUUUAAGGAUUAUAAUUGUCAAUGCAUGCAAAAUAAACGAAAGAGAAGAUCUCGAGGUUCUACGUCUCCUAAAGCUGACCAACUUGAGACUAAACACUACAAUUUACAUAAUGAACAUGAUGAUCAUUCACUGGAUAACUUUCAUUCUAAUGCAGCCUUAAAACAUAGUAUAGUGGUUUCUAGUGAAAACACAGUGCCAGUAGAUGCACAGGUGCCUUCAACCAACCAGCCAACUGACUCACAAGAAUGUGAUGAGUUAAUGAUGCAGUUAGAGAGAAUGUUCCAUGGUGAUACCACUAAUGAUGAUGAACUCUAUGAAAGUGUUCUUUAUGAUAAAUUUGAUACCACAGGUGAUACCAACAUAUCAGUCAACAGCAAUAAAGACUCAGUUAUAGAUUCUCAUGCAGCAGAAAUUAAAUCCUUAGAUGAAAGAUUGGCUAAUUUAACAGGAUUAAUUGUAAAUAAUGAUAGCAAUGUUGUACCAAAGACUGAAACUAAAAAAAAUAAAAGUGGUUCCAGUAAAUGGUUGUGUGAAGAAUACUUUUUGAAACAAAAACUGUAUGAAUUGCUGGACCAAAUUAGAGAUAUGGACAGGAAAGAAAUAGAAAGGAUUAAACAAAAGUUUAUUCAUUUGUUUGGGGAAGACAGUGAUGAUGAAGGAAUAUUGUCACCUUUAGAUGAGACUCCUGAAUUUAUAAUCAGUUGCAAAGAGAGAAUUGCUCCUUGGGUGGUGAAAUUGCUGACACCACACUACAUCAAAGGACAUAUUAAAGGCAAAGGAAUAUUUAAGGCCUUAGCCAAACAUCUUAUCAGACUCAUCUACCAAUGUAGCAAAUAUCCAGAGGAGUAUGAAGUAACUAGCUUUGUAUCAGAUUUCUUGAAAAAUCAUAAAAUAAUAAAAAGUGAAGCUGAUUUCAUGGAAUUCAGGAUUGAAAAUAUUUAAAGUUUCUCAUUAAUGUUAAGGUGUAAUGUAUAAACAUUGACUUGCAGCCUAUAGCAAGAAAUAGUGUUAUAUAAGAAAAGUAAGUAAACUCCAUAUUAGUUUCUCACCUCUAAGAUGAUGUGAAAAGUAUAAAUAUGUAGUUGUACUAUGUAAUCCACUAUUCAAGCAUUUUGAAAUAAAACAAUAUUAUGAUUAAUAA